AUGUCUCAGUCGUGGCGCGUCGUGUUGCUCAGCUCCAGCGUCGCUGUAGUUGUAUCAAUUCUUCUUCUAUUGAGUGCUAGCAGUGGCGACGCGAGCCCAGUGUUUGGUUUGAUCGAUGCCUUUAAACCCAAGGACGCUUAUAAUGGCACAUCGCUAGUGGGAUCCCUCGCGUUAAAACAUAUCGAAAACUCCAAGGAGAGGCUCAACAAGUUUAAAGAAAUGGCUGACCGCAUCGCUAACGCCAGCGAGACAGCUAUACUCAGAGGCUAA